AUGAUAUCUUGUAUUGAACUUUAUCGAAUUAGCGCUCAGAUGUCAAAGGCAUUGGGCAGUGCCGAUCAAUCAUUUGGCGGUUUGCAUGUUAUACUUGCCGGUGAUUUUGGUCAACUACCACCGGCUGGCAAGAACUCCGCGUCUUUGUACUCAAACAGUGUUGGAGCGUGGUCCUCGGCCAACACGUUGCGCUCCCAGCAGGCUGCUAUAGGUAAGGCCUUAUGGCAUACGUUUACCACCGUUGUUAUCUUACGAAUAAAUAUGCGCCAGACGGGAUUGGACGAUGCUCAAAAUCGAUUCCGUCACGCGUUGAACAAUUGUAGAUUUAAGUCAUGCACUCCGGAUGACAUCGCUCUGUUGCGUACACGGAUUUACACUGCAGGUGAUUCUUCCUUGAGCGACGUGUUCGCCAGCGCUAACUUCCGCAAUGUAUCAAUCAUUACAGGUCUUAACGCACACCGCGACACUAUUAAUGAGAUAUGUACUCAUCGCUUCGCAUUGGACAACAAUUUGGCUCUCACCAAUUUUUACUCCAUUGAUCAGUGGUCCUCUGCUUCAUCAUCUGAUUCAGUACGAGAUGCACAACGCAAACAUCGGUCGAUCUGUGAUCCUGCACGACGUUCUGACAAGAUUCACAGUGAACUGCAAGACGUCCUCUGGUCUCUACCUCCUAAUCUCACUGGUCAUAGAGCGGGUAUUCUGUCAUUAUGUCCCGGCAUGCCUGUAAUGCUGAAAAGCAAUGAAGCCACUGAACUAUGUGCUACGAAUGGUGCUGAAGGGUAUGUGUAUAGCUGGGACUCUCAUCGAGAUGGUGAUGGACAUGACAUUUUAGACACUCUCUUCGUUCGAUUGAAAUCACCCCCCCAGGCCGUUCAGAUCGAAGGGCUCCCAGCCAAUGUAAUUGCAUUGACUCGGUCAAAGACACGAGUGAAAUGUGUUCUACCGAAUGACACAUGUGUAUAUAUUGACCGCUACCAGAUCAAUGUGCUGCCGAACUUCGCAAUGACUGACUUCGCUUCCCAAGGACGCACUCGCCCAUUUAACGUGUGUCACCUGAAAUAUUGCAGAGGACAUCAAUCUUUGUAUACCUGUCUGUCACGCAGUGCUUCAUUGUCUGGAAUGUUAAUUCUUGACGGUUUUGAUACUUCCAAAUUGACAGGAGGUAUUAAUGGUGACUUGCGUCGUGAAUUC